UCACUCAGGCGCUUGGACUUGUGGAGUUGCUGUUAACUACGAAAUUGUAAGUUAUAAAGCUUUUUGCAGCUAAGAUGGCUAGGAAUAGUAGAAGCUAAUGUUGCAAGAGGUUUGUGUGUGCCGCUGUUAUCAUGUUAGAUUGAAUUGUAGUAGGACUCAACUGAACCGGGUUAAUGAUGCUAGAGACUCGUGAUUCGUGAGGCAAUUUAAAGACUCGGGUUAAAGAUCCGAGUGAAUCACAACUCGAACAGGUCUAGUCCCAUUGUUUGCAUUUUAGCGCGUGAUGAGGAGGCGGAGUAAAAGGCGCCAGUGUUUGGUGUCCUUCCAGAGAGAAACAUCCCAAACUGCUGCAUGAGGUUUUAAAACCUGAAACGGAGCUACAAAGAGCAGGUCGGGGAGAAGUUGAGGAGAGACACUUCAACAUGGACUCUGAGAGGAAACUGUCAGCUGGCCAGCGGAGAGCUUUGCCUACAGAUGUCCAGAAAGUGAUUGUUGGCGACAAACAUCAGCAGGAGUGGAGCUCCAGUCUGGACCAGGAGGACACAAAGCCCCCCAACAUUAAAGAAGAACAGGAGGAACUCUGGAUCAGUCAGGAUGAAGAGCAGCUUCAAGGGCUGGAGGAGGCUGAUAUCACCAAGUUUACAUUCGCUCCUGUCCCUGUGAAGAGUGAAGAUGAUGAAGAGAAACCUGAGUUCUCACAGCUUCAUCAAAGACAAACUGAAGAGAUAAAAACAGAAGCUGAUGGAGAGGACGGUGGAGGACCAGAAACAGCCAUGAACUCAGAAACCGAUACUGAUGACGAGACUGGAGACUCUUCUGAACCUGAGACUGAUGACAGUGCUGAUUGGAAGGAAACCAGAGAACCUCAGUCAGGUUUAAACUCUCUGAAUAAUGAUAGAUUCCCUGUUAGUGAUUCAGGAUGUACUACUGAUGAGAAAGCAUUUAGCUGCUCUGAGUGUGGGAAAAGAUUUGGCACCAGUAUGAAUCUAAAGAGACACAUGAGAACUCAUACAAGAGAGAAACCAUUUAGCUGCUCAGUCUGUAAGAAAUAUUUUACAGAGAGUGGACAUUUACAGGGACACAUGAGGAUCCACACAGGAGAAAAACCAUUUAGCUGCUCAGUCUGUAAGAAAUAUUUUACACAGAGUGGACAUUUACAGAGACACAUGAGAAUCCACACAGGAGAGAAACCAUUUAGCUGCUCAGUCUGUAAGAAAUAUUUUACAGAGAGUGGACAUUUACAGGGACACAUGAGGAUCCACACAGGAGAGAAACCAUUUAGCUGCUCAGUCUGUAAGAAAGCUUUUACAGAGAGUGGACAUUUACAUAGACACAUGAGAAUCCACACAGGAGAGAAACCAUUUAGCUGCUCAGUCUGUAAGAAAGAUUUUAUAGAGGGUGGAAGUUUAAAGAGACACAUGAGAAUCCACACAGGAGAGAAACCAUUCAGCUGCUCAGUCUGUAAGAAAGCUUUUAAAGGGAGUGGAAAUUUACAGAGACACAUGAGAACUCAUACAAGAGAGAAACCAUUUAGCUGCUCAGUCUGUAAGAAAGCUUUUACAGAGAGUGGACAAUUACAGAUACACAUGAGAAUCCACACAGGAGAGAAACCAUUAAGCUGCUCAAUCUGUAAGAAAGAUUUUGCAGAGAGUGGACAUUUACAGAGACACAUGAGACUCCACACGGGAAAUAAACCAUUUAGCUGCUCAGUCUGUAAGAAAUAUUUGAAAGGGAGUGGACAUUUACAGAGACACAUGAGAAUCCACACAGGAGAGAAACCAUUUAGCUGCUCAGUCUGUAAGAAAGCUUUUACAGAGAGUGGACAUUUACAGAGACACAUGAGAAUCCACACGGGAGAGAAACAAUCUAGCUGCUCAGUCUGUAAGAAAUAUUUGAAAGGGAGUGGACAGUUAGAGAGACACAUGAGAAUCCACACAGGAGAGAAACCAUUUAGCUGCUCAGUCUGUAAGAAAGCUUUUACAGAGAGUGGACAUUUACAGAGACACAUGAGAAUCCACACAGGAGAGAAACCAUUUAGCUGCUCAGUCUGUAAGAAAGAUAUUGUAGAUAGUGGAAGUUUAAAGAUACACAUGAGAAUCCACACAGGAGAGAAACCAUUCAGCUGCUCAGUCUGUAAGAAAGCUUUUACAGUCAGUGGACAAUUACGGAGACACAUGAGAAUCCACACAGGAGAGAAACCAUAUUGCUGCUCAGUCUGUAAGAAAGCUUUUACAGCAAGUGGAAGUUUACAGAAACACAUGAGAACCCAACACAAGAGUGUUACAAGCUCCCCCCUUGUUUAGCUUCUCCCUGUCUGCUCUACUCAGGUGAUCCUGAUUUGAUCGUUAGUGGUUGGCUCCGCCCCCUGUACUUAAGGAAGGCUGGAGGACUCUUUCAGACUGAAGUAGCUGUUCACUAGUGUGUUUAUUAUUGGUGGGAUUGAGGUCUGAGGGGUAUGGCACAAAACCAAGCUAUUUGUAACUAAACUCAUGAUUUUUGGAUAUUGUACUAUAAAUACAGACGUAUAAAUAGUAAUUGACAAUGAAAUAACUGAAAGAUGAAUUUCUGGGUGUUUUACUUGACCACAAACUGUGCUGGAUGUCCCACAUUAAAUAUCUUUGCAUGAAGUUGGCCAGGAGUAUUGCUAUAUUGAACAAAACUGGGUACAUAUUGAACUAUUAUACACUACAUACUCUGUACUACAUGCUUAUUUUACCAUAUUUGAUAAACCUUAUUUGUAAAUUUUGUAUGCUGUAUUUGCAUAUCUAUUUGUUUUGUAAUAUUUGUUUAUUGUAGUAUUAAGUAGUGGAGGUCCUAAUAAGCUGCAUGCUUCCGCCUGCUCCUUCUCGAUUUUUUACACUUGGUUAAUUCUUACUGUUUUAAUUUUGUGCUGUUUUCUUUUGCAAUAUUGUUGAUUUUUCUUGAAACUGUUUUUUUUUGUGUAAAUAAUUAGCCUAACUCCUUAAAUGGUUUCAUUUAAGAGCAGUAGUUCGUAGAUGUAUAUUAGAUAUUAUAUUAGAUAUAUCAUUCAGUCGGUCUGCUUCUGCCACGUUUUUUUCUCACUUUUUUUUGUUUUUGUUUUUUACAGAGGCAGUUUCCUUCUCUAUUUAUUGUACGCUUUGCUUCCUAGUAGGCCUAUAUAGACAUAGAAAAGGAAGACUCUAACCAAUAAAAGCUAACGUGGCAGCAUGGUGGCUUAGUGGUUAGCACUUCUACCUCACAGCAAGAAGGUUCUGGGUUCAAACCCAGGUCAUCACAGGCCUUUCUGUGUGUUUCUAUGUUCUGCUUGCGUGGGUUUCCUCCAGGUGCUCUGGUUUCUUGAAAAUUAGCUGACUGCCUAACACUGGUGCAUUAAUGUGCAUUGUCCUAAUCAAAUAAAUAAAUGUAUAAACUAAA